AUGGGUGAUUUGCCUACUGAACGCUUAACCAUCGCUCGUCCGUUUACCAAUGCCAGUGUCGAUUACGGCGGUCCUUUCACGAUCAGAUGUACUAAUCAUCGAACACCAAAGUACAUCAAAUGUUAUGCCGCUUUCUUCGUUUGCUUGGUGACUCGCGCUGUAUUCAUCGAACCUGUGUCCGAUCUCUCGACGACUGCGUUUUUAGCCGCUUUUCAACGCUUCCGGAAUCGCCGAGGUACUCCUGCGAUAAUGUACUCCGAUAACGGAACGAAUUUCGUUGGUGCUAAGAACGAUCUCGAGAAAAAUAAUCCCGAACUCGCACUCGAAUGGAAAUUUAUUUCUCCUAGAACUCCACACCAAGGUGGAGUCUGGGAAGCUGCGGUCAAAGCUGGGAAAAAGCAUCUACUAGCUGCGACGAAAGGAGCUGUUCAAACCGAAGAAGAAUUCCGAACAGUUCUCACCGCAGUUGAGGCAACCCUCAACUCUCGACCAUUAUAUGCCUCUCGUAAUUCGACCGAUGUUGAGGAGAUCGAUGUCCUCACUCCAUCUCAUUUCCUGAUUGGUUCAAGUUUGCUCGAAAAGGACGAUCCUAGCCCAUUCGAUAUUACAUUGGGCGAAAGAUUGACGCUUCAACGUCAGAUUAUCGAGUCAUUCUGGCAUAAUCUGAAAUCGAGCUAUCUUGCCAAACUUCAGACUCGCUCGAAAUGGAAAAAAGCCGAACCGAAUCUUUCAAUCGGUGAUAUCGUCAUAUUGAAAGAAAAUUCGUCGCCAUGUUCAUGGCCCCUCGGAAGAAUCAUCGAUGGCAAACCUGAUGCCAAAGGCCACCUACGAAAGGUCUCCGUUAAGGCCAAAGGAUCGAUUUUCCAACGAGGUGUCCAGGAAUUGGUCAAACUUCCAGUCGAAACGAAAAUCACUGGAGAAUAA